ACGAGCACGCCGCCGUGACCACGAUGCGCGGAGGCGCCGGAGCAACCAUCAUCCUCCUGCUACUGCGACUCGCCGUCGCCCAAGGAUCGACCACCGAGCGGAGCAAGUACUUGCCUAUCGUGUUUCCGGAGGAAAAGCCGCCUUGUCCUGCUGGCCUCGUGUGCCGGGACAUCACGCUUUGCUCGUCGGCCAUCAACCAGGUGCGCAGCGGUGGCAGGCCCACCAUCUGCGGCUGGAACCGACAUGUGGCCAAGGUGUGCUGCCCGCAGGACUCCCGGGUCGGCACGGGUCGCCCUUACACGCCAGAGUUCAUUGCUUUCCGAAGGCCGUCGGAAUGCGGAAUUCUGGUCGUCCCCCAAGUCAACGCUUCUGCCACGACGAAGAUACCAAAAACGUCCACGCUGAAAUCGUCCACCAGUAGUAGCACCUCACGGUCUACAAGUUCGAGUUCGACGCGGUUUCCUUCAACUCAGAAGAAAAGCUACGUUUACUCGACGGCGACAUCUCCUUCAAAGGCGAACGCGAGUGCGAGCCGGCGAGCAUCGGUGGCACCACCGCUCCGGGGCCACACACAGCCCACGCUGAGGCCCAGUGCAAACUUCGGGUACAACCUGAACCAGCGGAGCACGUCCGCCUACCUGACCACCACGCCCCCGUAUUCAGCGCGGGCAUCACCGCCGCAGCGGCAGGCCCCUGCGGCGGUGGCUCCAGCGUCGGUUCCGGCGCGGAGCCCGGCGCCCGCACCGGCGCCCGCACCGUCCGGCGGCGGCCACGUGCACUACAGCGUCUACCAAAGCAACCAGGUGGUGAGGAGCCACAACCAGUACGAGUACAGUGAGUUCCGAGGCUCCUCUGGCGACCGGAACCACAUCACCGGCGGUGGCAGCCACCACCAGUAUUGGGAACCGCCGCCUCAGAACCAGCGGGGCUACGCCGAUGGCGGCGGCCGCGCGUCCAACGACUGGUACAGUUACAACACGUUCUCCAAGAGGCAGGCCCGCGCCAUCCGCGACUGGGGCAAAGGGUCGCGCGGCCACGGCUUCGGCAACGACGUCCUCCUCCAGAAAGGCUUCUCGAGAGAGGACAAGAAGCGGCGCAACGACUGGGCGCCCAAGAAGAAGGUGGGUGCUGGCAGAGCGAGGCCGCCGGGAACAACGCACCGUCCGCGGCGCACCAAGCGGACGGGAAAAGUGGAUGCCCGCGUGCCAGACCCGGACCUCAUCAAGGCCAUUGCACCGGCGGUCAGCCUCGUGGUGGGAGGCCAGGCGGAUUACAACACCUGGCCCUGGAUGGCUGCCAUACUAAUGGGCAGCGAGCUGAAGUUCCUCUGUGGGGGAUUUCUGAUCAACGAUCGAUACGUUCUGUCGGCUGCGCACUGCUUCGAAAGGCACAGGCCGUCGCAGAAGUACGGCGUUCGCCUGGGACAGAUUCGCGUGGACGAGGGCCGCGUGUACAACGUGGAGAGGUUCGUGCAGCACGAGGACUACGUGCGCCGCGAGUACUACAACGACAUCGCGCUGCUGCGUCUCACCGAGUCCGUCCCGCUGGCGCUCAUCAAGCCCGUCUGCCUGCCCGGCCCGGACCUCGCAAACUCGGACCUGGUCGGCAAGGAGGCCACCGUCCUCGGAUGGGGAGACACCAUGUUCGGUGGUCCUCGCAGCGACAUUCUGCAGGAGGUGAACGGCCUGCCCGUUGUUCCCGUGAAGCAAUGCAAUGAGUCCUACUCAAAGCUCCGGGGCAACCCAUUCCGCCGGGGCAUCACGUCCGAGUUCAUCUGCGCCGGCCUCCCUCAGGGCGGCAAGGACGCCUGCCAGGGCGACUCUGGCGGACCGCUCAUGCUGGACCACGAGGGACGCUGGACGGCGGUGGGAAUCGUGUCUUUCGGCUAUCGCUGCGGGGUGGCUGGCUACCCCGGCGUGUACACACGUGUCUCGAGGCACCUGCAGUGGAUAGAUAACAACAUAUACAUGGACUCCAUCGGCUACAACACAAUUGUGUGAGCCGUGAGAGCCGACGCGACCAUCGCAGUGUACUGAGAGAGAGAGAGAGAGAGAGAAAGUGCCUGGACGCGUUAUCGGCGCGGACUAUUCAUGGUGCCUCCAAGCCUGCCGCUCCAAGACGACCGUGCGAGAGGGGACGGGACGAUCGUAUUGAGGGAAGUCAAAUCCAUCGACUGAGGCGAUUCUCUGCUCCGGAGCACCGGAUCCGACGACAUUUUUUUGGCGCGAGCGAGAGACAGUGUCGUUCAACCCUUGCUGUGCUAAUGCCUUCCAAACUUGCACAGACAAAGCAGAGCUUAGCCGAGGAGUCUUGCUAUGUACGGCCUCGCAAGAAAAGUCUGUGAGCAGGUGCUAAAGUUACCGUUAGUGUUUAUGCGCCUGAAGACGGAAUGUCAUCAUCGAAGCAGGUGUCAUCCAAUGAAUUCUUUGCUGCUUUGGACACAAAGCAAUGCUCGCUAGGCGCCCCACUUCUUGACAUCGUGCGCUGGUGAUUUCUUUUCAAUCACUGCCUUUGUUUUAUGUAUGCGUGGUUAUGUGCAUGACCGGACAGGCAUGCACGUCAUUUGAAAUUUUCGGGCACCACCACCGGACACUGCCGUACAGCACAAGUAUAUGGCUGUGCCAUCCUUGUGCGAACGAGUGCGUGAGCGUGUGCGUGCUCGUGGAUGAGUGAAAGUGUGGACAAAGAGUGGAAUGACUGCCAGAAACUACAACUUUGGUGUUUUUAUAGUUUUUUUUCUUAAAUGUAGUGCAUUGUGCCCAAGGUAUUCACCUACGUAAAACCGAUCGAUGGCGAUAACCGCGGUGCUGGACCUCACGGUAUAUCGCGAAGUGUCUUUCUUAAUACUCGGUAUUUCUUUGCACUGUAACCUGAAGGAAAUAAAAUCUGAAAACAUUGACACCGUAAAAACAUUUG